AUGAUUGUGGUAUGUUUGUAUGUGGACGAUAUUGUGUACACUAGUUCAUCAGAGAAACUACUUGCAGAAUUUAGACAAAAGAUGGUGAAUGAAUUCGAGAUGACGGAUAUUGGGCAGCUGAACUAUUUUCUUGGCUUGGAGGUAACUCAAAGAAAAGAUGGUACAUUCGUUGGUCGGCAUAAGUAUGCUCGUGAUUUGUUAAAUCGGUUUGGUAUGAGUAAGUGUAAAAUUGCUACCACUCCGAUGAAUGUUAAUGAAAAGUUACAACUGGAAGAUGGAGGAGCUGCUGCAGAUGAAUAUCAGUUUAGAAGUCUGGUAGGUGGUCUCAUUUACUUGGCUCAUUCUCGUCCCGAUAUUGCGCAUGCGGUGGGGGUCAUUUCAAGGUUCAUGCACAAACCUUCUGCAAUUCACUUGGGAGCAGCAAAAAGGGUACUGAGGUAUGUUGCUGGUUCCAUUGAUCUUGGUCUUUGGUACGGGAAAACAGGAAGUGUUAAUCUCACUGGGUACACGGAUAGUGAUUGGGCGAGUUGUGUGGAAGAUAGAAAGAGUACAUCAGCAAAUGUGUUCUCGAUUGGGUCUGGUGUUGUCUCAUGGUGCUCAAAGAAACAAGAAGUUGUGGCCCUUUCAACGACAGAGGCUGAAUACAUUGCUGCCACUGCUGCUGCUUGUCAAGCUACUUGGCUAAGGAAAAUUCUAAUAAAGCUUGGACAGGAACAAAAAGCUGCUACACCAAUCUUCUGUGAUAACAUGUCAACAGUUUUCUUACAAAAAAUCAGGCGUAUCAUGGAAAGAGUAAACACAUUGACAUCAAAUAUCAUUUUAUACGAAAUCUGGUUGAAGGAGGGCAGAUUGAGUUGA